AUGCAAUUUGUUUUGUUGCUCAUUUUCCAACUUAUUUCGGGCUUUGCGCUGCUUCUGAUCGUGAUUCACUAUAUAUAUUAUAUAACUAAAGCGAUUGCCGGUGAUUUGCGUCAACAACAACAGCAACGACAACAAGAACGGGAGAGGCGCGCACUGAUAGACCAAGACCCGCUCAGAACAACAGUUGAAAAUUAUUCAGAUUUGCCCACAAACAAUUAUAAAACUUCUUCAGCAGCAGUAACAAUAGCAACAAGAAGAGCAACAACAACAACAAUGCAAACAAACGAUGAUGCAAAAUUUAUUAAAAAACGUUGGAAAGGCGGCUCCAUCGAACCACAUCCCACAGACAAGGCGCUAAUUGUCAAUUACCAGCUGGAGGCAACAGUUUUUGGCGAACCCAAUAAUCCCAUGAUUGAGGAAAAGAAGAAUUGUCAGAAAAUAAUACGACUGCGUUCGCUUAACGCCAAAACAGACCCUGCUGCCUUGGCACGUGAAGUUGUGGAUAAAUGCGAUCUCAUACACAAGUCUCAAUUGAACGAUGUGGAACAGAUUAUAUUCUAUUUGAAGAAUCGCAAGGAUAAUGCCAGCAAUGACAUUACCGAGAACAACACAAACACGAGACGUUCAGCGGCCGUUCACACGCGUUCCUCAGCCCGUUCCCAUAGCAGUGUGGCCGCCAUGUCGAGCAGUACUAGCAGCAAUGCGGGCUCCAGUGCCUCAACGCCGCUGCAGCCUUCUGAUGUGUCAAUCAACAACAUUGACGAGUACGUGGAGCUGCUGUACGAGGAGCUGGGCGAACGCAUACGCGGCUCGGCGAUGAUUCUACAAAUGGCACGCAAUCCCGACAAUUUAGAGGAGUUGGAAAAGAACGAAGCCUGCCUCAGCGCCUUGUCGCGCGUUUUGCGCGAAGAUUGGCGCAAAAGUCUCGAUCUCUCGACAAACAUUAUUUAUAUAUUCUUCUGUUUCUCCACCUAUACAAAAUUUCAUCCGCUUAUUGUGCAGUACAAGAUUGGUUCGCUUUGUAUGGACGUCAUUGAUUAUGAGUUGCGACGCUAUGAGACGAUGCGGAAUGAGCUGGACGUACGUAAAAAUCCCAACGGCUCGACGCCGCAAUCGGCGAAGGCCAGCAAAGAGAAGCUUAACCGCAGCACCGACGACUUUCUGGACAUUAUGAACGAGGAGAAGCCAAAGGAGAUGGAACCACCGCGGCGGCGUAUACCCGAGUUGAAGCAGCGCCCAAAAUCGGGAAACUGGAGCAGCUUUCACGGCUCGAUGUCCUCGUCGUUGAUCAAGAGUCAAAUAUUGAAUAGCAGCUAUCAUGAAGCGCUCUCUGCGGGCGCCAACGCCGAGCCGGUCUGCACAAACGUCUCUAAUGGCGACUUUAAAGCGCAAAGCAACGAGUCUCUCGAUCGGAACGAUCCCAAGGUGAAGAAGGAGGAGAUCGAUCGUUUGAAUAAGCAGCUAAAAAUCUUUGCCAAGAAGCAGGAGCAACUUUUACGCGUCGCCUUCUACCUGCUGCUGAACAUGGCCGAGAAUGUAAAGCUGGAGGAGAAGAUGCGACGCAAGCAUAUAGUGAAGAUGUUGGUUAAGGCGCUGGAUCGCCAGAACAUUGAUCUGUUAAUGCUAGUCAGCACCUUUCUUAAGAAGCUCUCGAUAGUGGGUGAUAACAAGGAUGAAAUGUCUGCGCUGAACAUUGUGGCCAAGUUGCCGCGUCUCUUCCAAAACGGCCACACCGAUCUUGUGCAGGUUACACUCAAGCUGGUCUUUAAUCUGUCCUUUGAUGGCAACCUGCGUCGCAAGAUGAUUGGAGCCGGCUAUUUGCCCAUGCUCGUGAUGUUCAUCAAUGAUGAGAAGCACCAUGGCAUUGCCGUGAAAAUCCUCUACCACAUGAGUCUGGACGAUAAGGUGAAAGCCAUGUUUACGCACACAGAAUGCGUCCAAAUGGCCACAGACGCCAUCAUCCUCAAUCUGAAUGUGAAGGUCGAUUUGGAUUUAAUUGCCUUGUGCAUCAAUCUGUCCCUCAAUCGUCGCAAUGCGCAAAUUAUGGUCGAGGGGCAGCGCCUGCACAGUCUAAUGGAUCGAGCGUUUAAGUACCAGGAUGCAUUACUCAUGAAAUUGCUGCGAAAUCUCUCCCAGCACGAGUCGCUGCAAGUGCAGUUCAUCGAUUAUGUCGGCGAUCUCGCCCGCAUUCUCACCAUAUGUGACGAUGAGGCUUUUAUUGUCGAAUGUCUCGGCAUUUUGGGGAAUCUCGCGCUAACCGAUCUCGACUAUUCGCAGAUAUUGCAGAACUUCCAGCUUAUACCCUGGAUACGCCAACUGCUGGUGCCCUGCGCACGUCUAGACGAUCUCGUGCUGGACACGAUCGUCUAUCUUGGCACCUGUGCCUACGAUGAGCUCUGUGCGUUGCUCUUCUGCCGCGCCAAGGUCGUGCUCUCCCUCAUCGAACUGCUGAAGGCCAAGCAGGAGGACGACGAGAUCGUCUUGCAAAUCAUUUUCGUAUUCCAGCAAAUAUUGCGACACGAAAGCACACGCGAAUACAUGAUCAAGGAGACGGAGUCGCCGGCCUAUUUGAUUGAUCUGAUGCACGACAAGAACGAGGAGAUACGCAAGGUGUGCGACUAUUGUCUGGACAUUAUUGCGAUCAGCGACAGCGAGUGGGCCAAGCGCAUUAAGCUGGAAAAGUUUCGCAAUCACAACUCCCAGUGGCUGUGCAUGGUGGAAUCACAGCAGGAUCAUGACAACGAGCAGGACUAUGUGGACAAUGAGGAGGACGAUAAUGAUUUGGACACAUACUUGCGAUCCGAGUAUUUGGACAAUUGCGAUUUGUAUAAUAGCGCGCAUGCCAAUGAUGGGGGCGGCAGCAGCGGCGGCGGCGAUAAUGACAGCAACAAUAGCAACAAUCCGGCCAGUCCGGCCAUGUCCACCUACAGUCGGCCAGUUAGCACCUAUCGGCGUAGUCAGGAUCUUGAUGAUUUGUACAACAUGACAUCAAGUUCCAAGUCGCAGGCGUCCAGUCAGGGCGAUAACAACUAUAUGUUCAAGUCCAACAAGUCUCUCGAUGCGGAGGGUCUGCACGAGGAGCUGCUAAUGGCAUAGGCCUAGGAAAAACACAAACAUAAAGACAAACCGACGCAUACAAAUCGAAUCCAAGUCCAAGCCACAUGAACACGAACAAAUUUCAAUUAAUGCUUUUAAGAGAUUUGCAAUCACAACGCCACGCUUUCGGAGCAGCUGCUCGCUGUACAAUACAUUUAAGUGUAUAUGAGAUAUAUAUAUAUUUAAACAUAUAUUUAUGCCAUAGCUACUACCUGUUCACGUACACGUACACAUACACACAAGUAUAUAUACAUAUACAUAUGUAUGUAUGGGCAUUGGUGUACGAUAUAUUUUUUUGUCGCUUGUUACAACAAGAAAACAACAAUUAGUCAAAAGUUAUAUACAUAUAUUCUAAUCAAAUCUCGGCCAGCCAGCGGCAACUCGAUGUUUACUCCACGACAUUCUAAAUACGAUAAAUGGCGCACAUGUCUUUUUUUGUUAAUUUAUUUAUUUACGUUACUAUUAUACAUAUAUCGUUAAUUAUAAUUCUUGUUUUUAAUCCUUAAA